CGGAAACUAGGUAUACCUGAGCAAAAGUGACUUUGGUUUACCACGGAUUCCUUGGAGAUUUUGGAUUUGGAGCAAAAUGCCAACUAUCGCCUGUGAUAAGGAAGCAUUAUAUAAAGCAUUGGGAAGAAAUUACACAACCCAGGAAUUCGAUGAAUUAUGCUUUAAGUUUGGUAUUGAGCUAGAUGAGGAUACAACAAAUGACCCAGAAAGAGAUCCAGCAGAGCGUCCUGCUUUGAAGAUUGAGAUUGCUGCUAAUCGCUAUGAUAUGCUUUGCAUGGAGGGCAUUGCUCAAGCACUGAAUGUCUUUAAUCGCCGUAUGGAUCCUCCACAAUAUAAGUUACUCCCUGCUACUACUUCUCUUAAAAUUUCUCCCGAAACUGCUGAUGUUCGUCCUUAUUGUGCCUCGGCCAUUUUGCGUGGUGUGAAAUUUGAUCCCAUCAGAUACCAAAGUUUCAUUGCUCUUCAAGAUAAGUUGCACUCUAACUUGUGCCGCCAAAGAAGUUUGGUAGCCAUUGGCACUCAUGAUUUGUCCAAAGUCGAGGGUCCUUUCACCUAUGAGGCCUUGAAACCUGAAGAAAUCAACUUUGUUCCUCUUAAUCAAACUCGCAGCAUCAACGGAACUGAGCUCUUGGAUUUCUAUAAGGAUAGCAAGCACCUUAGUCGCUACUUGCAUUUGGUUGCUGACUCUCCCAGAUACCCCGUCAUUUUGGAUUCCAAGCGUCGUAUCUGCUCUCUUCCUCCCAUUAUUAACAGCGAUUUUAGCAAGAUUAGUGUUGACACUCGUGAUGUAUUAAUUGAAUGCACUGCUACUGACAAAACCAAGCUUGACAUCGUCAUGAAUAUGAUGGCUGUUAUGUUUACUUGCUAUUGCGAUGAACCUUUCACUAUUGAGCCUGUCGAAGUUGUUUCCGAGCACAAUAACUGCUCCCGCAUGACUCCUAACUUGAAGCCUGUUCGUUUCGAAGCUGAGACUGACUAUUUGAACCAAUGCUGUGGCAUUUCUUUGCCUCGUGAGGAAGUUUGCAACCUUCUUUCUCGUAUGCUGCUUCAAGCUCAGCCUGAUCCUUCUGACGAAAAGAUCAUUUUGGUCGACGUCCCUUGCACAAGAGCUGAUAUCCUUCACCAGUGCGAUAUCAUGGAAGAUCUUGGUAUUUCUUAUGGUUAUGACAAUCUCAAACAUACCUAUCCUGACCAAAGUGUUACCUAUGGUAAGCCUUUGGAAGUUAACCGUUUAUCUGAUAUCGUUCGCCAUGAAGCUGCUCUUGCCGGCUGGUCCGAAGUCUUGCCCUUCAUUCUUUGCUCUCAUGAUGAGAACUAUGCUUGGUUACGAAAGACCGACGACUCUCGUGCCAUCCAGCUAGCCAAUCCAAAGACUUUAGAGUUCCAAGUUGUCCGUUCCAGUCUUUUGCCCGGUAUUCUCAAGACUACUCGUGAAAAUCGUACUCAUGCCUUGCCCAUAAAGAUUUUCGAAGUCAGCGACGUUGCUUUCAUCGAUGAAACUCAAGAACGCAUGACAAGGAACGAGCGUCACUUCUGUGCUAUCCAAGCUGGUUUGACUUCCGGUUUCGAACAGAUUCACGGUUUGUUGGAUCGUGUGAUGCUUAUGCUCAAUGAGAAGCGCAUUUUUAAUCCCAAGGAUUCUGACAGUUCCGGUUAUUGGAUUGUACCAGACGACGAUGCAACUUUCUUCCCUGGUCGUUGUGCUGCUGUAUACUAUCGUAAAGACCCAGGCACCGCUGGUGUGCGUGUGGGUACAUUUGGCGUUAUUCAUCCCCUUGUACUCGAGAAAUUUGAACUGUCCAUUGCAGCAUCUGCUAUCGAACUGGACUUGACACUUUGGGUUUAAUUUUGAUUAACAACUUAAAAAUAGAAGCAAGAAAAUUAUUAUAGUCCUUACUGUGUGAAACAAUCGUUGUACCUAUAGAAAAUACAUUUGGGUUUUAUACUAAGCAUUAUUUAUUUGACGAUAGCCAAAAAAAUGCUUCACUGUAUGGUAAUAAAAGAAAUUGUCUACGGAAUGAUUAUUUGAGCAAGACUUACAAGAGAAAGCAGCUUGUAUAAGACAUGCUAAACACCAGCAAUUAAGUAUGUACAAUACAAACAAUAACAAAAAAGGG